AUGGCCCUCACAAAAGGAAUUAAAAUCAAAGCUGCUCUUCUUUUGGGUUUGGCUUUGGUUACUUUGGGGGCUGAAGGUGCGUCGUUUGGUACCCGCCGUGUCCUCGCUGAACCUGGUGCUGCUACUACACCUGGUGCUGCUACAGUCUUUGAUAUUACGAACUAUGGCGCUAAGCCUGAUAGCCGGACCGAGAGUGCUAUGGCGAUGAUACGUGCAUGGAAUGCAGCAUGCAAAUCAAGUGGGCCAGCAAAGCUUGUUAUUCCAAAUGGAGAAUUUAGGGCAGGGGAAGUUGUCUUCCAGGGGCCAUGCACUGCCAAACCUUUAACAGUUGAAGUUCAGGGAACCUUAUUGGCACAGACCGAUCUCAGUCUGUUCACUAGUGGCUUUUGGAUAUCAAUUGAACACGUCGAAGGUGUAGAAAUUUUGGGUUCAGGAACCAUUAACGGGCAAGGCGAGGCUUCGUGGAAGUUUGCUUGUGCUGGAAUGGAUUGCAGUGGUGUUCUCCCAGUUUCUCUGGUAUUUCAACAGGCGAAAAAUUGCACUAUGAGGGAUAUGACUGUGCUCAAUGGCAAGGGCUUCCACACGAAGGUCCUUGAGAGCAGUGACAUCAAACUUGAGAAUCUCACUAUAGUUGCACCUGGAGAUAGCCCAAACACUGAUGGUGUCCACAUUAGUCGUUCUCAAAACGUCAGGGUAACUAACACUGUCAUUGGAACCGGUGACGAUUGCAUUUCUAUAGGUGAGGGCAAUACCAAUGUUACCAUCACCCAGGUUACUUGUGGCCCAGGACAUGGCAUCAGUAUUGGGAGUCUUGGAAAGCGCCCAGGCGAGACCGAUGUGAAAGGAGUUACUGUGAGGAACUGCACAAUUAACGGGACAACAAACGGUGCAAGAAUCAAAAGUUACCACAAGUCACCCAAAUUGCUAGCUACUGGCAUUAUUUUUGAAGAUAUAAUCAUGGAAAAUGUCAAGAAUCCAAUCAUCAUAGAUCAAAAUUACGGUUCUGGGAAAACGGGAGGGCAAUCGAACGUGAAGAUCAGCGAUGUACAUUUCACGAACAUAAGGGGUACCUCAGUAUCAAAAGUUGCAGUUUCUUUGAGUUGCAGUUCAUCAGUCCCCUGUGAAGACGUUGAAUUGGCUGACAUCGAUCUUACCUUCUCUGGCUUGGAAUCGAAGGGUUCUUUUUCGUCUCUAUGUGCAAAUGUUAAACCAGUUUUCAGCGGCGUACAGAACCCAGCAGCCUGCCCUUAA